UUGGAUACCUAAGUGAAAUAGAUAAAAUAAGCGAAAGUAAAAUUUAAUUAGUGUUAUUAUAUUCAGCUUUGCACUACAAAAUAUAUAUUUAAAAAUGAUACGAAUAAAAGCAGAUGAACUGCCGGAGAGCCCACGCGAGCGGAACAAUCCAUUCUCGGAGCUCAUGUUCUGCUUUGUCUUUCCCUUGUUAUUUAAGGGCCAUAAAAAGACACUGGAACAAUCAGAUUUAUAUAGACCACUCAAAGAGCACAAAUCAGACACACUUGGAGAUCGCUUGUCUGCUGCCUGGGACGAAGAACUGCUUCAAAGAUCAACUCAAAAGAAGCCGCCUCGUCUGGGACGCGUUUUGGUACGCAUAUUCGGAUGGCAUUUAUUUUUGACUGGACUGUUGCUCGGCUCCAAAGAAUUCCUAACCAAGGUAACACAACCGAUUUGCCUGUUUGGUGUUUUGGCCUAUUUUUCGGGCGAGAAUCCAAGCCCAAUCAAGGCACAAUUGUAUGCAGUGGCCCUAAUAGCUGCUGCCUUACUUUCUGUUAUCACAGGACAUCCCUGUAUGUUAGGAAUUAUGCAUCUGGGCAUGAAAAUGCGCGUUGCGGUGUGCAGUCUGAUCUAUCGGAAGGCACUGCGCUUAAGUCAUACAGCUCUGGGAGAUACUUCCAUAGGUCAGAUGGUAAACCUCCUGUCCAAUGAUGUGGGCCGUUUUGACUCAGUCUUGAACAACAUACAUUAUUUAUGGCUAGGCCCGCUCGAAUUGAUUGUUGUGUCUUAUCUUAUGUAUGAAAAGAUUGGAGCUGCCUGCUUCUUUGGCGUGACCCUAAUGCUGCUUUUUCUACCCCUGCAAUCGUACCUGGCACGGAGAACCUCAACAUUACGUCUGCUAACAGCGUUGCGCACUGACGAACGUGUCCGUAUGAUGACCGAGAUCAUAUCGGGCAUACAAGUAAUCAAAAUGUACGCCUGGGAGAAGCCCUUCGAAAAAGUUGUCGAGCUUACACGCUACAAUGAGAUGAUCUGCAUUAGGCAAAUCAACUAUAUACGUGGUAUUCUAAUUGGUCUUGGCAUGUGUCUGUCCCGCACCUUUACCUUUGUCAGUCUGGUGGGUUUCGUUCUGCUACAAAACAUCUUGUCUGCCGGACAGGCCUUCUUCAUUACAGCCUACUACAGCUUACUUCAACGAACAGUCACCAAUUUCUUCCCCAUGAGCAUUACUCAAUUAUUGGAGCUGCUGGUGACCAUCAAACGUCUCGAGACCUUUAUGCAUCGAGAGGAGAUUCUGAUCAAAGAACAAUCAAAUGAUAUUUAUAUACCCACUUUAGUUACCUGUGCAACCGAUAAAGCAAUUGAUACUCGCGGAGAUGGUAUAAAGAACAAAACUCAUAACGAUGCACUCGUUGAAUUUACUGAAUUUUAUGCGAACUGGGAUCACAAAAUGACUGAGAAUACCUUAGGCAAUAUUAAUCUAAGACUGCGUCGCGGGCAGCUGGUAGCUGUGAUUGGGUCCGUCGGUGCAGGCAAGUCGAGUCUGAUCCAAUCUAUUCUUGGCGAACUGCCCGCUGACAAAGGCAGCCUUAAAGUCAAUGGCAAAUUCUCUUAUGCUGCUCAGGAGCCUUGGCUCUUCACUGGAACUGUUCGUGAAAACAUUCUGUUCGGAUUAACCUUGGACAAACUUCGGUAUCGAACAGUGGUCAAGAAGUGUGCAUUAGAACGUGACUUUGAGCUACUUCCUCAGGGAGAUAAGACGAUCGUUGGUGAGCGGGGAGCUUCUCUCUCAGGUGGACAGAAGGCACGCAUCAGCCUGGCAAGAGCUGUGUAUCGUAGAGCGGACAUAUACCUGCUAGACGAUCCACUCAGCGCUGUGGAUACACAUGUGGGUCGUCAUCUGUUUGAUCAGUGCAUGAGAGGGUAUUUGAGAAGCGAGUUGGUCAUAUUGGUGACACAUCAGCUGCAGUUUCUAGAGCACGCAGAUCUUAUUGUUAUCAUGGACAAGGGAAAAAUCAGUGCAAUGGGAACAUAUGCGACGAUGCAGCGCAGUGGCUUGGACUUUGCUCAACUCUUGACCGAUCCCAAAAAAAUCGUAGAAAGCAACCAUGAAGAUUUAAUCAAAGAUAGAGAUUCCGUUGAUUAUACGAAAUCAUAUAACCGACAAACGUCACAAACAGAAAGUAUCAGUUCGUUAAGCUCAUUGACCGAGUCCAUAGGUCACGAAGUGCCCCUGACUCGCCAAGAGACGCGGGUAGAAGGCAAGAUUGGCCUGGGAAUUUAUAGGGAAUACUUUACAGCAGGGAGUGGUUGGUUAUUAAUUAGUCUUCUGCUAUUCCUUUGCUUAGGGACACAAAUCGUAGGCUCCUCAGCUGAUGUUUUUCUCUCCUACUGGGUUGACAAAAACAAAAACACCGCUAAGAAAGAACCGGACUCGAUGGACUUAUAUUAUUUCACGGGAAUCAAUAUAGCAGUUAUCGUAUUCACCAUGGCACGGACCAUGCUCUUCUACAAGCUGGCCAUGCGAAGCUCCACAAAGCUCCAUAAUGCCAUGUUCCGUGGCAUAACCAGAGCAGCCAUGUACUUCUUCAACACGAAUCCUUCGGGUCGAAUAUUGAAUCGGUUUUCGAAGGAUCUGGGACAAAUAGACGAGCUGCUGCCUACAGUCAUGCUAGAUGUGGUGCAGAUCUUCCUCACCCUGACGGGCAUUAUUGUUGUAAUCUGUAUAACCAAUCCUUAUUAUCUCGUUCUCACUCUUGGCCUGGCAAUCAUCUUCUACUACAUUCGAGAGUUCUACUUGAAAACUUCAAGAGAUGUUAAGCGAUUGGAGGCAGUGGCGAGGUCUCCAAUCUAUUCCCACAUCAGUUCCUCGCUCAAUGGAUUGCCCACAAUUAGAGCCAUGGGAGCCCAAAAAGCGCUGAUUGCAGAGUUCGACAAUCUUCAGGAUCUCCACAGCUCCGGCUACUACACCUUCCUGUCCACCAACCGAGCAUUUGGCUACUACCUGGAUUGCUUCUGCACCUUAUACAUAGUCGUUAUUAUACUUAACUACUUCAUGAAUCCACCCGAAAACUCUGGAGAAGUGGGAUUAGCCAUUACUCAGGCCAUGGGUAUGACUGGCAUGGUUCAGUGGGGCAUGCGACAAUCAGCUGAGCUGGAAAACACCAUGACAGCUGUGGAACGUGUCGUGGAAUAUGACGAGAUCGAACCAGAGGGCGAUUAUGAAUCACAGCCAAGCAAAAAACCUCCUCCCACGUGGCCGGAGCAGGGUCAAAUCGUAGCUGACGAUCUGAGUCUUCGUUACUUCCCCGAUCCGCAGUCCAAGUAUGUGCUGAAGUCCCUCAACUUCGAGAUCAAACCCAUGGAAAAAGUAGGAAUUGUAGGUCGCACAGGUGCAGGCAAGUCCUCACUCAUCAACGCCCUCUUCCGCCUGUCCUACAACGAUGGCUCCAUCAUCAUCGACAAUCGCAACACGAACGAACUGGGUCUGCACGAUUUGCGCAGCAAGAUCUCCAUCAUACCUCAAGAACCAGUCCUCUUCUCGGGUAGCAUGCGUUACAACUUGGAUCCAUUUGAGGAGUACAGCGACGCCAAGCUAUGGGAAGCACUGGAGGAAGUCAAACUGAAGCCUGUCAUCAGCGAGCUACCUAGUGGUCUUCAAAGCAAGAUUUCAGAGGGUGGCACCAACUUCAGUGUGGGGCAGCGGCAAUUAGUGUGCUUAGCACGCGCUAUUCUUCGCGAGAAUCGUAUUCUAGUAAUGGAUGAGGCUACAGCCAAUGUUGAUCCACAGACAGAUGCGCUCAUCCAAGCGACAAUAAGAAACAAGUUCAAGGAAUGCACAGUGCUGACUAUAGCACACAGGCUGAACACGAUUAUGGACUCGGACAAGGUGAUAGUCAUGGAUGCAGGUCAGAUGGUCGAGUUUGGUUCACCAUUCGAACUCCUGACAGAAUGUGAGACGAAGAUCUUUCACAACAUGGCCAUGGAUACGGGUCAUAGCAACUUUGAUACGUUACUCAAAGUUGCGGAAAAGGCCCAUUUAAAAUCUCAGAAACAUUGGAAUUAGCUUUAAUUAAAUAACCAUAAAAUUGUAUUUCGUAUCCUCAAAGAAAACUGAUGCAUAAACAAAGUAGUUCAAAUUUAACAUAUGUAGAGAACGCCGCUCGUUCAUUACGAGAAGUCGUAAAGCUCAUAUUAAAAAUUACGUGGAGAGCAUAUCGUCAGAGAGCGAAAGCUGCAA